AUGACAGGAGUUACGAGAUUUGGGAAGAAGGGCAAACUUGCACCCCGAUACGUUGGACCAUUUGAAAUUCUUGAGAGGAUUAGCACCGUUGCUUACAGACUUGCAUUGCCACCAGAGUUGAGUCAAGUCCACAGCGUGUUCCAUGUUUCGAUGUUGAGGAAAUACAUCCGAGACCCACUGCAUGUAAUAGAUUAUUCCGGGGUUGUGGUUAAUAAAGAUCUAGGCUACGAAGAGAGACCGAUGAGGAUUAUUGACAGACAAGUGAGACAGUUGAGAAAUAAGUCGAUAUCGAUGGUAAAAAUUGAAUGGUUGGAGCAUUAUGGCAAGGAAGCCACGUGGGAAAAGGAAGAAGAAAUGGAAAUCUGUUAUCCGGAGUUAUUUGUGGGACAAG